AUGGAGGGCCAAGAUAGGGGUAAAGACCCACUCACCCACGAGCAGGUCGCUGACCUGGUUUUUAAAGAAAUCGAUUUACUUAUAGAAGCAGGUCAUAAGGACUACGUUGAAUCUAAAAUCUUCAACGGUUCGCUCCACGAGUUUGCUACGGAAGUAUCGAAGAAGUAUGCAGGACUGCCGUAUAAGCUCGGCCCUGACCCUUCAGCCAGUGAGCACACUCCAACUCGAGCGGGAUUCAAAGAGCCAUCUUCUUUUGAAGAGGCUAGGAAGCUUAUUGUCGAACAUAUGGACCGCAGGCGUGAAAACCUCGCUAAUACCACGCGGCCUAACGCUCGUCAAAUAGCUCUUGCCCAGAACUGUGACAUCUGGAAAGCAAGACCUGUUAUAGGCGACAAACGAGGGGGGUUUCUCCCGGGCAGGACUUGGGAGCACAGGAGGGUAAAUCCUGGACCUACUCUCGGCCCGUUAUCGCAAUUCAAACAAAUGCUGGUAGUACCUCCAGUUGCUAAAGUUGAUGCUUCGGCUGCAACGGAAACGAGAAGUGAUGCGGUCGAACCAGUAGAUGGCGGAUCCAAAACUGAUGAUGAUGAUGGGAAGGAAGUAGAAGAUGGGGAAGAGAGAACGACAUCGUCUUAA